UUUUUCCUGACUGAUAUGAUUGAGAGUGCCAGAUUAUCAUCGAACUUCCAGAUGCUGUGGGACCAGACCAGCUCUGAAAUCAGGGAGAUCUAUGGCGAGAAAUACCUGGCAUCCAACUGCAUGGAGCAUGCUCUGACUGCCUGUCGCCCUUGCACCCGAUACUCAGCUGGCUGGGAUGCCAAGCUCUUCUACCUCCCCUUGAGCUACCUGCCCACCUUUCUUGUGGAUGCCCUUCUCUACUGGACUUCCAUGAAGCCUGAGAAAGCCCUCUGAAGUCUUCACCUAUGUGCAUACCUGGGGGGAUGUAGGUAGAGUGUGACAGAGGGAAUAUGUAGGGGAAAUUAGGAGGGUUGAGGGAGAGAUUUUAUUACUCCAGGGUUCUUAGUCAACACAUUUCAUCUCAUUAAUUCUCCUAUGAUGCUGCUUGAGACUGAUGGAUACCAAAGAGACAGGCAAAGGAUUCUGCCAAGGGAUUCAGUUACAAAAGAACUGGCUGAUGCCCAGACUAAGAGCACCAUGGU